UAUGUCAACGUAAGCAGAUGUUGGUGUAGAAUUUACAAGGAUGAGAAGGCUAUAAAACCUCCCUUGAGCCACUCACAGUUCAUUUCAAGGCCAAGAACGCCCCCAAAAUCUGUUUCUAAUUUUACAGAAAUCUUUUGAAAUUUGGCACAGUAUUCAAAAGUCCGUGGAAAGGAAAAAAAACCUUGCCCUAGCUUCGGCUUCCAACUACGAAGACAGACUCGCUUCUUUCAACGGUUUUCACAGAUCCAGUGACCCACGCUCUGAAGUCAGAAUUAGCUAACUUUCAAAAACAUCUGGUAAAAUGAAGACAUGGUUAAAAAUUGUAUUCGGAGUUGCCACCUCUGCAGUGCUUGCUUUAUUGGUGAUGUGCAUUGUCUUACGUCCUUCGAGAGUUCAUAACUCGGAAGGAAGUACAACAAGACCACUCACACUGAAGGAUAUUUUAAAUGGGACAUUUUCUUAUAAAACAUUUUUUCCAAACUGGAUUUCAGGACAAGAAUAUCUUCAUCAAUCUACAGAUAAUAACAUAGUAUUUUAUAAUAUUGAAACAGGAGAAUCAUAUACUAUUUUGAAGAACACCACCAUGAAAAGUGUGAAUGCUUCAAAUUAUGGUUUAUCAUCUGAUCGGCAAUUUGCAUAUCUAGAAAGUGAUUAUUCAAAGCUUUGGCGAUACUCUUACACAGCAACCUAUCAUAUCUACGACCUUAGGAACGGAGAGUUUGUAAGACAAAGUCAGCUUCCUCGUCCAAUUCAGUAUUUAUCCUGGUCUCCUGUUGGGAGUAAAUUAGCAUAUGUCUAUCAAAACAAUAUCUAUCUGAAACAAAGACCAGAAGACCCACCUUUUCAAAUAACAUAUAAUGGAAAAGAAAAUAAAAUAUUUAACGGAAUCCCAGAUUGGGUUUAUGAAGAGGAAAUGCUUGCUACAAAAUAUGCUCUCUGGUGGUCUCCUAAUGGAAAAUUUUUGGCCUACGCAGAAUUUAAUGAUACAGAGAUACCAGUUAUUGCCUAUUCCUAUUAUGGUGAUGAACAAUAUCCUAGAACAAUAAAUAUUCCAUACCCAAAGGCUGGAGCGAAGAAUCCUGUUGUUCGGAUAUUUAUUAUUGAUACCACUUAUCCUGGGCAUGUAGGUCCCAGAGAAGUGCCAGUUCCAGCAAUGAUAGCCUCCAGUGAUUAUUAUUUCAGUUGGCUCACAUGGGUUACCGAUGAACGAAUAUGUUUGCAGUGGCUAAAAAGAAUCCAGAAUGUUUCAGUCUUAUCUAUAUGUGAUUUCAGGGAAGACUGGCUAAUAUGGGACUGCCCCAAGACCCAGGAGCAUAUAGAAGAAAGCAGAACUGGAUGGGCUGGUGGAUUCUUUGUUUCAACACCAGUUUUCAGCUCUGAUGCCAUUUCAUACUACAAAAUAUUUAGUGACAAGGAUGGCUACAAACAUAUUCACUAUAUCAAAGACACUGUGGAAAAUGCUAUUCAAAUUACAAGUGGCAAGUGGGAGGCCAUAAAUAUAUUCAGAGUAACACAGGAUUCACUGUUUUAUUCUAGCAAUGAAUUUGAAGGCUACCCUGGAAGAAGAAAUAUCUAUAGAAUUAGCAUUGGAAGCCAUCCUCCGAGCAAGAAGUGCAUUACUUGCCAUCUAAGGAAAAAAAGGUGCCAGUAUUACACAGCAAGUUUCAGCGACUAUGCCAAGUACUAUGCACUCGUCUGCUACGGCCCAGGUCUCCCCAUUUCCACCCUCCAUGACGGCCGCACUGAUCAAGAAAUUAAAAUCCUGGAAGAAAACAAUGAAUUAGAAAAUGCUUUGAAAAAUAUCCAGCUGCCUAAAGAGGAAAUUAAGAAACUUGAAGUGGACAAUAUUACUUUAUGGUACAAGAUGAUUCUUCCUCCUCAGUUUGACAGAUCAAAGAAGAAUCCUUUGCUAAUUCAAGUGUAUGGUGGUCCCUGCAGUCAGAGUGUAAGGUCUGUGUUCGGUAUUAGUUGGAUAUCUUAUCUUGCAAGUAAGGAAGGCAUAGUCAUUGCCUUGGUGGAUGGGCGGGGAACAGCUUUCCAGGGUGACAAACUCCUGUAUGCAGUGUAUCGAAAGCUGGGUGUUUAUGAAGUUGAGGACCAGAUCACAGCUGUCAGAAAAUUCGUAGAAAUGGGUUUCAUUGAUGAAAAAAGAAUAGCCAUAUGGGGCUGGUCCUAUGGAGGUUACGUCUCAUCGCUGGCCCUUGCUUCAGGAACUGGUCUUUUCAAAUGUGGGAUAGCUGUGGCUCCAGUCUCCAGCUGGGAAUAUUACGUGUUUGCUGCUCCUGUGUCCAUGAUCUUCUCCUGCAUUGCUUCUCCGGCUCUAUUGAGGCAACUUGCAGGGCAAAUGACUUGGAUCACAGUUAAGGAAAACAAGAACCUUUCUCGGCAGCUCCCCCUGAGAGAAUUGAUGAGCAGUUAUUCAUCUCAGGAGCCUUGUCGGAAUUCAACUGUGAUGGCAAGAGCAGAAUAUUUCAGAAAUGUAGACUAUCUUCUCAUCCACGGAACAGCAGAUGAUAAUGUGCACUUUCAAAACUCAGCACAGAUUGCUAAAGCUCUGGUUAAUGCACAAGUGGAUUUCCAGGCAAUGUGGUACUCGGACCAGAACCACGGCAUAUCCGGCCUGUCCACGAAGCAUUUAUACACCCACAUGACUCACUUCCUAAAGCAAUGCUUCUCUUUGUCAGACUAAAAACGAGGCAGAUCCAAGACUGUAUCACAAUCUGAACACUUCCUAUAAAUGCCUCAGACCGUUUGCUUGUUUUUCUCUUUAUGCUGUUAAAUGCUGGUAUAAACAAACAAAUGAAUGUUGUUCUCAAGGCUGACGAAAAAUUCGGAGGACUCAGAAGUUCAACCUAAAUAUUGUUUACAUUUCCUGGCACUCUGUGAAAGAAGUGGAAAGGAGGCCGUGCCUUUUGCUUUGGACACAGACCGUGUUUUAUCACCUGUUCCUUUGAGGAAAAAAAUAAAAUCAGAAGCUAAAAUGCUA